AUGCCUCCAAAUACGACUUCUAUGACAGAUAGCCCUAAAAAUAUUCAUAAUAAAAUACAUAAAGAAAGACUUUCAAUUGACAAUGAAAUUAAAGAAAUUAAAGAUGAUGAUGAAGAAGAAACACAAUGGAAAAGUAUAUAUAUUGGUGGUCUUUUAGCUUUUAGUUCAAAUGUUCAAUUUUCUAUUUAUAUUGCCACUAUUUGGCCAUAUCUACAAACUCUUGAUCCACAUGUAACUGAAGAAUUUUUUGGAUUUGUUCUUGGUUCUUAUUCAAUUUCAAAUAUUAUAUUUUCACCUUUAUUUGGAUGGUGGUCAAAUAAAAUAAAAUGUAUUAAAAUUCCUUUAUAUAUUGGUAUAACUUGUCAAUUAACAGGAAAUACAUUAUAUUUUAUAUUAGAUAAACUUCCAUAUUAUCAAAAAGAAUUUAUGUUUUUUGCAAGAGUAAUAACAGGUGUAGGAUGGUCUUGUGUUUCAUUAUUACGUUCUUAUGCAGCAACUGCUUCUACAAAUAAGGAUAGAAGUAGAGCUGUUAGUGUCAUUAGUGGAGGUUUAGCUUUUGGUGUUACAAUUGGUCCAGCAUUAAAUCUUUUAUUUAUUGGUCUUGGAUAUCCUGGUGUUCAUAUUUUAUUUAAUAUUUAUUUUCAUAUUUAUAAUAUGCCAUCAUUUUUAGCUAUAAUAGCAAAUGGAUGUAGUUUAUUAGCAGUUAAAUUUUUUUUUGUAGAAAAAUAUGUUGGUAUUCAUAAAUAUGAAGCUGGUAAAAAAAAAGAUUCAAGUUUAACAUUACCAAAAUAUGAUAAAUUUGCUGUUGGAAUUGCAUUCAUAUCAAGAUUUGUUCAAAUGUUUAUUGUAUCAAGUAUAUCAACUCUCAGUCCCAUUAUUUCAAUGAUGAUGUUUAAUUUUACCAAAAAACAAACAGUUACAGUUAUUUCUUAUGCUCAAGGUUUCUUAGGUUUUUCAGCUUUUGUUGUCUACUUUUUAUUUAUCUUUAUUGAUAUAGGAAAAUAUGGAAAAUUUCGUAGGAAUAUCAUUAUUGGUUUUGGAUUGCUAAUUACCUUUCAUUUAUUAGUAUACCCGUAUUCAUUUAUUUAUAAUGAUUCACCUAAAGUUUCACAAUAUAAUUCAAAAAUAAUGACUAAUAUAUCAUCUUCAACAGAAUUAACUGGAUGUGAUAUAUCAAAAUUUGAUUGGUGUGAAAAUCUUCCUAUAAUUAGUCCUUACCUUUAUUUUAUAUCAUAUUCUUUAUGUAUUGGAAUAGCUUUUCCUGUAGUAAAUGCAGCAAUGAAUACACUUUUUUCAAGAAUGCUUGGUAAUAGAAGACAAGGAACAAUGCAAGGAUGUUUACAAACAUGUGCUGGAUUUGGUGUUCUUGUAGCACCAAUUUUUAGUGCAUUUAUGUAUCAAACAUUUGGUCCUAAAAUAAUUUUUAUUCAUCAAAUUAUAUUAGGAUUAAUUGUUGUAACAUUAUGGAUAAUAUUUCAUCAUAGAAUGGUACCAUUAAAAGUAAAUAAUGACAAAGAAAAUAUUAUUGAAAAAUCGUAA